AUGUGGUCCUGGUUCCAGUGGGAUGCUAGGGAGGGAACACGCACCACAGGUGCCAGGGCCUCACACCCCAGCCAAGCCAAUCCCAUGUGGCUGGAUCCCUUCUGUCAGAAACUGGAGGUGCCCACCCAGGUGGAGCAUGAGGAUGACCUGCCGGAGAACCUCAGCAAGAUCGCCGACCUGUGGAACAGCCCCACGCGCACUCACAUGAGCCCCCAGGGAACUUUUGGGCAUGAGCCAGCAGCUGUCAAGCCUGAUGAUAACUGAUACCUGUGGGCCACCAUCUAGGAGUAUGACAACAUUGCCAAGCUGGGCCAGAUCAUUUGGGAGGGGCCCAUCAAGGGCUCACUGCUGAAAGUGAUCCUGGAGAAUUACCUGCAGCUCAAAAAGCUCUUUGCACAGCAGAUGGUGCAAGAAGCCUCCUCCUGUCACUCCUCCAUCUCUGAGCUGAUCCAGACUGAGCUGGAGGAGAAGCCAGGGCACCACAGCCCAGGGGAGGCGUGCCUGCGCUUCUGCCACAAGCCGCCAGGGGAGCUCGAGGGGCCCUAUGGGAUCCACGUGGUGAACGGCAGCACGGGCACACUGCUGGCCACCAAUCUCAACAGCCUGCCCGAGGAUGACCAGAAGGGCCUGGGCCGCUCGCUGGAGAUGCUGACCUCUGCUGAGACCACUGCCUUGGGGUACAACACCCUCACAGAGUCCGCCAAAUCCAUACCCCUGCACAAACUUCAUGAUGUGAUCAUGGAGAGCCCCCUGGAGAUCACGGAGCUGUGA